AUUUGAUGUCAAUAUGACAGAACUCUCCCCCGCCGACUGCGCCAUUAUAGAAAAAUGCCGGCUCAGAAAUACGUCUCACAAUUUACAUCGCCGCCUCGAAGAAGCAGACCAAGCCCUUAGGAACCCAAGCCCACCGCGGUCUGACGCCUGUCAACAAGCGGUCUUAAGAUUACUUUACUUUCUACAGGGCCAGGAAGCUGCGUUCGGUCUUCGUUCGAAGACAAGAGAUGGAAGUGUGGCGUCCGAAUUGGCUACUCUAUUUCGACACGUUGAAGGCAAUUUUCACUAUGACCACUACCGACCGCUUGUCCAACUUGUCCUCCAAAAAGCACCCGACACCGACAUCUGGAAAGCUGUCUUUGACCUCAUCGCCACUGUCACACAGGUUGAAAGAUCCACGCCUCCACCCAGGCCGUCUUUACCAAUCCUGCAAACCCCCCGCUCGCGAAACACCAGUAGUCUUGCCAACUCGUCGGAGCUUCGAAGAGAUAUUGACCCUGUCUUGACGGGGGAACUGUUAGGCGACCUUCACGGAGACAUUCCAGGGUUUUAUGCUGCGUAUUUUGAUGAUGUUGAGGGACUCAGCUCGAUCGCGCAGGCCGUGUUCGAGAACUGCAAGGCCGGUGAUAGUCCUCUGUACCGCGAGGAGAGCGGAUGGAAGGACUGGCCUGACAAUGCGGUCGAGAAGCCUGUCCUGGAAUGGCUGAAUGAAAUCAUCGACCAGCUUAUACAGUUUGCACAAGAUCACGAUCCAUCUCGAAAGGCCGCCCGCCGACCUUUGGCUCAGCCUGCAAAGCCGAUCGCCGGGUCCACUGCAAAGCGAAAACUCGACAUAGGUUUUGUGGACGACCUGCAUGCCACACCGGACAAAAGGUAUGAGUGGUCUCAGAUCCUGGUGCCAGGGGAGUUGAAGAAUGACCGAAAGUAUGAUAUCCCUUCUGGGGCAAGGCUCGACCUGGCAAGGUAUGCUCGAGAGGUGCUAUCCGCACAGGAUGACCGACGAUUCGUCCUCGGGUUCACCCUGUGUGGACCACUCCUGCGUGUUUGGGAAUUCGACCGUUGCGGCGGGAUUGGUUCGGAGGAGACAGACAUCAACAAGGACGGCCUUCAGUUCAUCAUGGUGAUCCUGGGAUUCCUCUUCAUGGACCGACCGCAGCUUGGCUUUGAUCCGACCAUUGUCACCGUGGACGGUCGACGCUGCAUCGAGAUUGAUCGUGAUGGCAAGAAGGAGCGUCUGGUGAUUGAUGAGGUGAUUCUGCGGGCACAUUGUGUCGCGGGCCGAGCCACAACCUGCUGGAAAGCGCAUCGCGAAACAGACGAGUCGCGGAUCCCCCUGGUGAUCAAGGACUCCUGGCAGUAUCCAGAGCGCCAUGAGGAAGGGGAACUGCUGCGAGAAGCAAUGGAGAGUGGAGCCACGCGCAUUGCUCGAUAUGAUUUCCACGAAACUGUCCAGGUGGAUGGCAAGGACGACAAUGUGCAGGCUAUUCGAAAGGGCCUACAGGUCCCUAAGUCAAAAUCCAAGCGGGGUAGCUUGCAGGUGGCCCUGAGGGGCAGUGCAUCCAACAGAGGCAGCCAAAGCAGCGCCAUCAGCCGAAAACGAUCUUCCGAUUGUGUGGACACAAUACCUCCCCCUCCCAGCAAGCGUACCCAGUCCAGCUCUCUGACAAAACAUCUCACAGACAGUAGCCCACCGAAUCGAGUGCACCGUCGCGUCAUUGUUCAAGAUUAUGGGAAGCCAAUCUAUGAAAGCAGCUCAAGAGUGGCUUUACUUAUUGGAAUGGAAGGCUGCAUUGUAGGCUAUGAAUCCCUGUACUCCAAGGCCAGAUUGAUCCAGAGUGAUAUUUCGCCGCGAAAUCUUUUGGUCAAUGAAGAGGAUGACAAUCCUUCAUGGCGGUCCUUCUUGAUUGACCUCGACCUUGCCAUUCGAGUGGAGCGCGAUGGGUUCUCAGGAGCGCGAGGCAAGACCGGCACCAGGGCGUUCAUGGCAAUUGGCGUGCUGUAUGGGGAGAAGCACUCAUUCAUGCAUGAUCUUGAGUCAUUCUUCUGGGUUCUUUUCUGGAUUUGUGUUCACUAUGAAGGCCCAGGAAGAGCAAGGCAUGUGGAGGAUUUUGAAAAGUGGAAUUACAUGAAUACAAGAGAUCUAGCCGGCGCGAAGAAAGGUUUAAUCAGUGAUGAAUCGGAUUUCCUUACAACCAUGGAUGAGUACUUCACUCCAUACUACCAGCCGUUAUCGCGAUGGGUCAACAGGCUACGGCGGGUCGUGUUUCCAAACGGCGGACGAUGGAAGAAGACAAAUUCAAGCUUGGGUUCGGAAAUGAGGAAAGUACUUCGGGAUGCACAGAAAGACCCUGAGGUCAUAGAUUAGAAUAUGCUGAUUAUUUAUUUGCUGAUGUUCACUGGUGUGCUAUCAGGCUGGAAUGAUUUCUUUCGGGUUUACCGAAUUACACACUCAGAAAAUAUCCAAGGGCCUCGAAGUGACAAGCGGCGCCGUUAGCACUUAUUGCAACCCAUCGUUGGUGGCUCAAACGGGAACAAGCCAGAAAGCAACCAAUGACUAAGGCACUUGGUCGAACUCGAGUCGUUGUGGUUAUGACCUAUGAACCGUUACUGAUGAAAUUCGACUGGGCCAAGAUCGAACUGAAUAGGACCUCCGCACUCUUUCUUCGAACUGAGUAUCGCUUUUCGAACCAUCGAUUUCUUGCAGUCGAUCAAAAUGAUCUGGACAUCUUGCGCGGCAAAGCUCUCUCCCGCAUCAUACCGGAAGGGUUUUCCUACGUUUAGAGCAGCGUAAUCUGGAGGUCUGCGGGGAGAUUAGACUAAUCCAGCAAUAAGUGAUUUAUCAUACUCACGGGUUUGAGUGGUUGCUCAUUGUGAAAAUCAUAUACCAAACAGAAUGUGCUCCAGCUGCUUAACGGGGCUUUGGUGGUUGCUGUGGUAUCAC